UACUCUGUUAAUCUAUUGGUCUGAUUUUUCAUUCAGACAUCAAGAUCGGUUUCAGUGUUUGACUUAGGCUCGAUGCUCAAUGUCAUGCAGAAGUCUCAAUCACUGAAGCGACUGAUCGAGUGUUUCCAAGCUGUUCAAGCAAUUGGUUCUUCAUGAGCAUAUCUACAGCAGGACUACCACUUCCCUUCUUCACAAUUACGAUCACCAGCUGCCAUAACCACCUCAAUAACCAACAUCUUCCACCGGAGUCAGAAGUCCGACAAGGUAUUUCAACGACAUGCAUCUUUUACAUUCACUUCGUGUAUCACACAAAUCCCACACCGCAACGAUCAAACAGUGGGGGGACACGCCACCCACGGCCCCACGUCCCGCUGCAACUGCAAAAAUCGCGGCUCGUGACAGCGAAAGAUAUAGAAUGCUAUUGAGAGUGGGAUUUGAGAGAUAGAAGAAGUAGAGGUCGGAAGUUGCGGUGUAUCAUUUUGAGGAAGCUACU